CUCCUUAAUAAAAAUAGAAUAUAAAAAAUAUAAAUUAUAUCCCCUUCUAUUUUUCUCAGUCUCAUCUCACAACCUAUCCUUUGAAAACCAACACCAGCAACACCAACUACAAACUACGUGUGUUAUAUUUUAUCAGAACUCAGCUCAGACUGUCUAGAUCAACUUGACCGUCAAGUUCUGUGUGAUGUUGACUAUAGACUAUACCUUAAAAAAAUAAAAUACCAUUUCUAUUACUCAUAGUUACCAUUAUCCCACUAGCUUUUGCUAGACAUUAGACACUAGGCAUUAGAUAUAACCAAAAAUUUUAAAAAAAAUAUCCACGUUUCAUUUCCCGAAUAUUUUCAUACCCAAAACGGUGCUUUUUGUCCUCUGCAAAAAUUUGAGUACUUAAAACAAAAUAAGUCAAUACUAUAUAUUUGUUUAUGAAUAUAUAAAUAUACAAGAAUAUAUAAAUAGGUUGUAGUUAUUUUUUAAAUUUAAAUAACAAUGAUUUGAAAAUUGACUACUCGCACAAUGGGUUGCUAGGUGUAGUAGAUAGUGAUAAUUUGAAUGAUAAAGCACAAGCUGAUUGACACGUGCACAAACAUAUUAUAUAUAAAUAUAUAAAUAUAUAAAUAUAGUUGACUUUAAAUUAAAGAAAUAUAUAAGUAAAACCAAAAUGGGAUUUAUUGAAUCUUUUAAAAAAUCAACGCUGGUGCAUCUGAUGUUCGCGAUAACAUUUUUUACAUCAGGUUUAAUAAUAAAUGUACUGCAAUGUAUUUUGUACCUUGGAUUGAAACCAUUCUCGAAGUAUUAUUAUCGGAAAAUAAAUUAUUAUCUUUGUUACUCGUUUUACUCUCAAUUAGUAUUUAUGGCGGAAUGGUGGUCAGGUACAGAUUUGAUAAUUUAUAUUGAUAAAAAUGAUUUUGAUAAAUAUUAUGGUAAAGAACAUGGUUAUUUAUUAAUGAACCAUAGUUACGAAAUAGAUUGGCUUAUGGGUUGGAUGUUUUGUGAUAGAAUUAAAAUGUUGGGGAAUUGCAAAGCAUACGCUAAAAAAUCGAUUCAAUAUGUACCAACACUUGGAUGGGCAUGGAAAUUUGCCGAGAGUGUAUUUUUAGAACGCAGUUGGGAAAAAGAUAAAGAGACAAUCGGCCAUCAGAUCAGUGAAUUAGGUGAUUAUCCUGACACCAUGUGGUUAUUACUGUACGCGGAAGGUACGCGAUUUACAGCAGAAAAGUUAGAAGCCAGUCAGAAGUUUGCUAAAGAAAAAGGCUUGGCAAUAUUAAAGCACCAUUUGACUCCACGCACAAAAGGUUUUACUGCAAGUAUUCCUCAUUUAAAAGGCAAGGUCGAUGCCCUCUAUGACAUUCAAUUAGCAUUUAAUCCGAAAGCAGCUAUCAAGCCUACUAUGACUAAUUUAUUGCGCGGUGAAAAGGUUGAAGCUCAUUUGUAUAUAAAGAGAAUACCUAUUAAAGAUAUUCCUGAGGGUGAACAAGCCGCCGCUGCAUGGUUGCAUAAAAAAUAUGAAGAAAAAGAUCGACUAGCUGAGAGUUUCAUUGAAACUGGAGACUUUUUCGCUACUAGUGGCGUACCUAAAACUGACAAAUUUAAAUUGCCGAGAAGAUAUUUUUCAUUAAUAAAUACUAUUUGCUGGGCAAUUAUUGUAUUAGUACCGAUGCUUUAUUAUCUUGUUAAAUUAUUCAUUUCUGGAUCAACAAUUGCGUUUACAUUUGGCGUUGCAAUUAUUCUUUUAUUUUUUUACUUAAUGCACAAAAUAAUCGGUAUGUCCGAAAUAAGCAGGGGAUCAUCUUACGGGUCAGCAGCAACAAAGAAAACAAAUUAAAGCCAAAUAUAAAAUAUAAUAAUAAUAACUACCUAAGUAUUAAUAAAAUGAAAAAAAAAAAAAAAAAAAAAAAAA